ACGAAAACAAGGGGGAGAGGUGGAAGAACCCUUUCGCGUUCCGUUCCAUUCACGUCACUGGGUCGAACCAGGCUGAUUCCAGUCAUUUACGCGCUAAGUACUGGUUAUGGCAUCUCCACAUCUGGUCAGCAUUUGACGUUGUCACACUUCCUCUUCUCAAGUGCCGCCAGGAAGGCAUCUCAAACAUGGCGACGGCGGCCACUGCCAGCCCUGUACCGGGUGACAACAAUUUUUUGACUGUCACCGAUCCGCGAACGAACACUACCAUCACCGUUCCUAUCAAUACCAAGACCAAAACCAUUCCAGGAACCGCUUUUGCACAAUUGAAAAUAACUCCUACUAAACCGCCAUCAGACGAUCCCACCGACAAGGUACCGAUUCGCCUGUAUGAUCCGGGAUUCAAGAAUACCACUGUGUGCAGGUCAAAAGUAUCCAAAAUCGACCCUGACAAUGGAAAAUUGUACUAUCGCGGGUACGAUGUGGAAGAGCUAGUGGAAAAGAGCACGUAUUUAGAAGUGGCAUAUCUUCUUAUUUACGGAAAUCUACCCACCAAGGCUGAGCAUGAACACUUUACGAAAGCUGUGAUGACCCAUACCUAUAUGCAUACGGAGCUGGAACGACAGAUGCUGACUUUUCGAUACGAUGCGCAUCCCCAUGGAAUGCUUAUUGCUACCAUUGCAUCACUCUCUACUUUUCAUCCAGAAGCCAAUCCGGCUCUUCAUGGUGUCGACAUGUACAUGAUGCCCAAGACAGCUCCUGGCAAGGAAUUGUCUGCGGAUGAACAGGAAAAAGCUGAAGCUGUUCGCUCAGUGCGCAACCGCGCAAUCUUCCGUAUGCUCGGUAAAGUUCCAACCAUUGCUGCGAACGUGUACCGUCAUAGAUUGGGGCGACCAUACAACCAUCCGAUGCCAAAUUGUCUUGACUAUUGUGAGAAUGUUCUUUACAUGAUGGACAAGCUGAACGAGCCCAAUUUCAAACCCGAUCCGCGUCUCAUUAAGAUUCUAAACUCCAUGUUCAUUUUGCUGGCGGAGCACGGCAGUAAUUGCUCGACCGUUUUAAUGCGACACUUGAUUUCAUCGGGGGUCGACCCAUACACGGCUCUCUCCGGCGCAGCUGGCGCUCUGUUUGGUGAACGAAAAGCGUCAGCGGUGAUUGACAUGUUAAAGCAGAUUGGGAAGGUCGAGAAGAUCCAGCUUUUCUUGAGUAUGGUCAAAAGAAAAGAGACAGAUGCGGCAGCCCUUUACGCCUCAAAUGGUUUGGGCGGUGGGAAGAAAGCUACGCAAAAGAACACCCGCCCGCUCCGGCUUAUGGGUUUUGGCCACAGGAUCUAUAAAACUGGUGAUCCACGAGUCCGAGUUGCAAAAAAAGUGGCAUUUGAGCUGUUUGAGCUUAUGGGCAAGGACAAAUUGGUGGAGAUAGCGAUUGCUCUGGAGGAGGCGGUGAUGGGGGACGAAUGGUUUGUGCAGCGGGGCCUCUAUGCAAACAUCGAUUUCUGGACUGCCAUUGUAUUUCAUACGCUGCGAUUUCCUCCAGACAUGUUCCCUGUAUUGAUGACCGUUCCAAGAGUGGCGGGAUUCAUUGCAAACUGCUUGGAGAGCCUUGACGAUCCAGAGUACAAGAUAUAUCGUCCACGACAGAUUUAUAUCGGAGAGACGCUCCGCAGCUAUGCGCCAACCCGCACAAGGCGACUGACAAACGUAACGCCCGCCUUGGAGGCACAGUAUGUCCGAAGUGACCCGCUUGCAGCUAAGCGACGGAAUGUCGCAGAUCCAAAUACUUUAGCUGAGGUGGACGAUCUUAUUUCACGUACCCAGAAGUCAUUAGAAGAUCUGAAUGACAGGCUACUGGAAAUUGAAGGUGCAGGAGUUGAGGUCGUAAACGAGAGCGGUAUUCGUAACCGCUUCAGUACUUGGGUCGCUAGUCGACUGUUUGGAAACCCGAGCGGAGUGGGGCAUACGAUGCAUCUGACAGAGCGACUGCAUCAAACCCAAGCCGAGCUCACUCGACUGCUAGAUCGGCAACGUGAGAUCCUCGUCGCCGAAACGGCCGCAGAGGAGCCAGCGAGUGAGCCCCCACGCCAUCUGCCCGUGUCCGCUGAUCGUCAGCUGGGUGCCAGGUCUCCUGAUUUGUCAUCUGGAAGUCGCAGUCCGAGACCAAUCUUGGUACCAGAACGGCCAGGGUCAGCUCUGGGCAAAAAGUGAAACUAUUCUAGUUAGUAUGUUUAUUUCAUAAACGCUUCAGUUAUGGUAGCAAAAUGGCACAUGUGUGGCAAGGUCAUCGAGCAUUUGUGGAAAGCUGGGAAUUCUCUGCGAACUCUACAUGAAACCGACAAUACAAGCCAUCUGCCUUGCAAAAUUCAUACUUCUUUAGAAC